AUGUUGGAGGAUGUUCACAAGCGGAACAAUUUUUUUGCGAAGAUGUUUGUCAGCAUCAUGUGCUUUCGAAUCUUCAUGAUUGCCAUGGCGAAGGCAUUGGUUUUGCACCACCAUUUGCUGGCUUUUGAGUUCGUGCAACACGGAGGAUUGCAGAUGGUCGUCAGCCGACGAUUGCUGUCCCCAGGGCUAGCUGCCGGCUCUGCAGUCAGUGCCAUGGCUAUCGUCGAUGUCUUGGUGAUCAUUUCCCAGUUGGCUCGGUUGUCUCGGGAAUACUAUCCAUUGUUGCGGAGCAUGAAUUUGUGCAUAGCGCUACGAGAUUUGCUUUCUUGUGGCAAUGCCAGCGUCCGGGCGAAAGCCCUGAAUGCUGUGGGAAACAUGGUUCGUCAUUCGGAUGAAUUCUACGAGAGCAUGCUUGAGGACGGAGUGCUCAGCCGGCUGAUCGAGCUUUGUGGCGACAGUGAUUCCGCUUGCCGCAAGUUCGCCUCCUUUGCUUUGGGCAAUUCGGCCUUCCAUUCCGAUGCUCUCUACCGCGACUUAGCCCCGGCUGUACCGCGGCUACUCCGAUUGCUGCAGGAUGUCGAAGAGAAGACAAGGGCGAAUGCAGCGGGUGCGCCGUGUGUCUGCAAGAGGAAUUCCAAUGAGCUUUGCGGAGUGAUGGUUCGUGAGGGCGCUGCCCAAGGCCUUUGUGAGCUGAUCUUGUCCCGGUGCCCGCGGCGAGCAGAGCCCGUGGACAAGUUGGUCGCCGACUCCUCGGUGAAGAUUGCAUUGUUCUCCUUGGGAAACUUGGCGGUGCAUUCGGAAUGUCGCGCUGAGCUCAACUGCUCCACACAGGUGCGGGAGCUUUGCCAUUACCUAAUCAAGAUCACCCAGCCAGAUGACAUUGUACACAAGCUCCUUGGCUUAGAGCAAUUUAGACUUUCGGGCUCGCAGUGUUGA